AUGUCUUCAAAUCGUUUUGCCAUCCUGGACGAUGACGAUACCGCUCCAGCCGUGAAGAAGGAUAGCAAGCCCGCCAAAGCUGCUGUCGAGGCUUCGAAGCCCGAUGACCGUCGCCGUCCAAACCAAAAUGACCGCAACACAAAGUUUGGCCGUGGUGGAAGAGCACCGUCGCGUGAUGGGAAGAGAGCUUAUGAUCGCCGCUCUGGGACGGGCCGCGGCAAAGAAAUCAAGAAAUCCGGUGGCGGUGCUAGAAACUGGGGAACUGACAAAGCAGAAGCAGAAGUUGUCUUCGUAGGUCAGGAAGACAAGCCUGAAGAAAUCAAUACAGAAGAGGUCGAGGAACCUGCUGAGCCUGAACCGGUGGACAACUCGAUGACCUAUGAAGAGUUUCUAGCUGCCAAGGCUGCCUCCUCAAGCGAACUACUCAAACCGACUAAGGAACGAGAAGUUGCAAACGAGUUCACGAAAGUUGCAGCAAAGGUUUCUGAAGAAGAAGAUUUUAUGGUUAUGGGAAGUGGCAAGGCGAGACGCAACAAGCAGCAGAAUAAGGCAGUGAAGACACUCACCCCGGCUUUCCGUGUGGAAUCGGGCACCGUAGAGACGGAUGGGCAUGGGGGACGAGGACGCAAUGGACGAGGAGAGGGACGCGGAAGCAGAGGUGGGCGUCGUGAAGGACGCGGCGGGCGAGGUGAAGGACCUGGUAGGCGAGGUGAAGGACGUGGCGGGCGAGGUGAAGGACGUGGCGGGCGAGGUGAAGGACGUGACGGACGGGGUGAAGGACGUAGCGGGCGAGGACGUGGUCUAAGGGGGUCGGGUCGCGGUGGAGGAAGAGACCAGCAGGUCAACGUCUUGGACACCUCGGCUUUUCCGUCUCUGUAG